UUGCUUUUGACAGGCGAAAGAUUUCAAGCAAUAAUUGACGAUUGUUGGUGGUACGGGACUGUUUUGAAGAAGGAAUUGUUGGAUCAGCAGUACAUGAAGUCGCAUUUUCAAUCUCUAGUCGUUCUGUGGGACAACGGUGAAGAAGAACGUAUGAGUCCGUGGGAUCUGAAUCCAAUUGAGUCAAGAGACGUAAUAAGCAACGGCAACAGCGCUCCUGCAUCCGCGGAGGACAUGUCUUCUCUCAGCGUGUACCGUAGCAAAUCAGACGAGUGGCCCAGUCACGGAAUUGAUGUAGAAUGUCAACGCCUGUUAACUGGCAUUGAUAAAAUAAUGGAAUUUCCAUUUGCGGAGCCAUUCACUGCCCCCGUUGAUCUGAACGCCUAUCCGUUUUACUGUUUUUACAUAGAGUAUCCAUCUGAUUUGAGUACUAUACGAUCUCGGAUCCAAAAUCGCUUCUAUCGGUAUUAUGCUAAUGUUAAAUAUGCUGUCGGUCCGACGUAAAG